UUAUUGUGCUAUACACAAACACAAUUUUGAAUAUAAUUCAAUAUAAUUUUAUUAUUUUGUAAGUAAUUUAAAAAUUCAAAUAAACAAAUAUGACUGUUCGUCCAACACAUAGUGGAUGGGAUGUUAAUUAUAAACGGCACAAAGAAGAAGCAAAAGGUAAACAAUUAGCAAAAUAUUUACUUUGUUCAAAAAUAUUGUCCAAUACGAGUAAAUCACGUUUAUUGAUGCACCGUAAUACUUGUAAUACUUCAAAAUUAUUCAAAAUAGUUACAACAGGAAUUAAAAAAUCUACUCAUUCUACUGCUACUAAAAUUAUCCGUAAUGAAGAACCGCCAGUAUUAAAAAUAAUGGGUAGAGCAUCUUCUCCUAUCUUACCAGUAGCGUCAAGUUCAACAUCUGAAACUCAAACUCAAGGUAAACGUAAACAUAUAAAUAUAUUUGAAUCGGAUUCAGAACCAGAUGAUCCAUUUAAUAAUGCAAAUUCAUCUACUACUAUGCCUAAUUUAAGUUUAUAUACAUCCACUGUAUGCUUAUCGAUUCCAUUAGAAGCUGACAAUGAUGUUCAACUCGUAAGUUCUUCACGUGAAAAACAAUUAGAAAUGUCUAAUUCUAAUGAUACUAUAAUACUAAGUCCUGAAAGUUUUACCUCAAAAAAUUCUAAUACAUUCGUUACACUAAAAAAUAAAAAUAAACAGUAGGAUACUAUUCAACGUUACCAUGAUAAAAUAACAAAUGCUGAAAUUGAUUUAGUUAACUUUAAAUUGGGAAAAUUGUUUUUUGGAUGCAAUAUUCCAUUUUCUGUAGUCGAAUCGGUACAUUUUAAAGAUUUUUGCCAAUCAUUAAGACUCGCAUAUAAUCCACCAUCACGAACUACCCUAUCAACUCGCGUUGAAAUGAAGUACACGAUAGUUUUUGUGCAGCUUUAAAGUUUCAUUCAAAUUCAGCUCUUCUAAUAGAUAGUUGGAAAAAUGAGGCAGCUAAUAUAAAAAAAUGUUGCUUGUUUACUGCAUAGUUCUAAUGGCGAAGCACUUUUCUUAGAGUCUUUUGAUUUAACCGGUAUUAAAGAAACUGCAAUAGGACUUUCUAAUAUAGUGUAUAAAUGUAUAUCUUUAGCUUUAGAAAAACACAGCACUUAUAUUUACACAGUAAUUAGUGAUAAUGCGGCAAAUAUGAUAAAAAUGAGUAAACUUUAUGAGUAUAAAAUUUAAUAGGAAAAGACUUAUUUU